AUGCCGACCUCGGCUCCCUCUGAUCACCAGCGCUUCAUCUAUCCGACUGCUCCUACGGCCCUUGACGAUGACGACCGCUCUUCCGUCCUCACCAGCGACGACGAGGGCGAUGAAUCAUCGGGUGUUUCCGACCCUGCGCUCCGGCGUCGCCAGAUAAGAUCGAAGCAGAUUGUUCGCUUCAUCUCUCUUAUCGCGGCCACCAUUGGGGCCCUGUGCGCGGGCUCCAUUGUCGUCUUCUCGCUCUACGCUCCAAAGUUCCUCUCGCGACUACAUUAUACGCAGUUCCAGGUCAAUGGCGUCGCCAUCGGCAGCUCCCUGGCCUUGUAUCUGCCCAUCUCCGUCAUGGGAUACGUCUGCGACCGAGUCGGCGUUGCGCCGCUGGCCCUGCUGUCGGCAUUCCUCUUUGGAGGCGGGUACGGGCUUGCCGCGGGCAUCUACAAGAAGCUGGACUACGAGUACAACACGCUGGGCAAGUCUCACGGCGCUGAGAACGGCUGGUCGUAUCCGCUCAUGGUGCUCGCCUUCAUCAUGAUUGGCGCCGGCACGUGCGCCAUGUACAUCAGCUCCGUGUCGACUUGUGCCAAGAACUUUGGAAAGGGGAAAUACCGAGGACUGGCGCUGGCCAUGCCCAUCACCGGCUUCGGCCUGAGUGGCAUGUGGUUGAGCCAGUUUGGUAGCCGAUUCCUGUAUGAGAAGAACCCUGAUGGGUCCAAGGGCGAUGUCGACGUGUUUCGCUUCUUUGUCUUCCUAGCGGUGUUGCUCUUCGUCGUUGGAAUUCUCAGCGUGUUUACCCUCAAGGUUGUCGACGAGCAGGACCUCAUUGAGGAGGCCAUCGAAGAGCUGGAGCAGAGCGGCCUUCUCGAUGGAAGCUCUCUCCUCGCGCGUUCGGAAAGCCGACGGUCCAACGCUGGCUAUGGCGCAAUUCCUGCAACCGCUGCUGAUGAUGAUGCAGAGGGCGACGAUGACGACGAUGCGAAAUGGAAGAAGAACUGGGUUCUCAACGCCGAGACACGCCGCUUCUUGACUGACCACACCAUGUGGCCAUUCGCCUUGGCCUUUCUCCUCAUGAUUGGACCUGGUGAGGCCUUUAUCAAUAACCUGGGCACCGUCAUUGGCACUCUCACGCCUCCCAUCACCGAAGACCUCAACAACAAGACUUCGGCGGCUACUCACGUCUCCGUCUUUGGCGUCACCAGCACCAUUGCUCGACUCAUGAUUGGCACUCUGACCGAUGUCCUGGCUCCGGCACCCGAGACGCAACACAUUCAAGUCGCUCCUUCGCGCCCUUCAUCCCCGCUCAAGCGCUUUGCCAUAUCUCGUGUUGUCUUUAUGCUCUUUUUCGCCAUUCUUCUCGCCAUUGGUCUUUUGUUCCUGGCCAGUGGCGCUGCCCAAAACCAUGCUGACAGGUUCUGGAUUGUCUCGGGCCUUGUCGGUGCGGGAUACGGUGCCAUCUUUAGUUUGACACCACUCAUCGUGACCAUUAUCUGGGGCGUUGAGAACUUUGCUACCAAUUUCGGCAUCAUCGCCAUGCUGCCCGCUUUCGGAUCUACCUUCUGGGGCCUUGUUUACUCGGCAGUCUACGAAGCUGGGGCACGUCGCGCGACCACCCCGUCGCUCUUUGGUGACGAUAAUGGCGACGGCGGUAAUGAUGGGUCGGACGAUUCCGUUUGCUACGGAAAGCAUUGUUACGCAGUCACUUUCUGGGCCGAGGGGCUUUGUGUUAUUGCGGCGUGCUUUAUGCUGCUGUGGGCCUGGAAGGGCAAGGGAGGCUGGAGCCAGCGUGGUAUUGUGAUAUAG